GUCGCGCAUGCGGGGCUCGCUCGCUGCAGCCGGUACCGCUGCCACUCCCGGGAGCAUGAAGGACCGAACCCAGGAGCUCCGCACGGCCAAGGACAGCGAUGACGAUGAUGAUGUCACUGUCCCCGUGGACCGAGACCGUUUCAUGGAUGAGUUCUUCGAGCAGGUGGAAGAGAUCCGAGGCUUCAUUGACAAGAUCGCAGAGAACGUGGAGGAGGUGAAGCGCAAGCACAGCGCCAUCCUGGCCUCCCCCAACCCCGAUGAGAAGACCAAGGAGGAGCUGGAGGAACUCAUGUCCGACAUAAAGAAGACAGCGAACAAAGUUCGUUCCAAGUUAAAGAGCAUCGAGCAGAGCAUUGAGCAGGAGGAAGGCCUGAACCGCUCCUCUGCAGACCUGAGGAUCCGAAAGACCCAGCACUCCACGCUGUCCCGGAAGUUUGUAGAGGUCAUGUCAGAGUACAAUGCCACGCAGUCCGACUACCGCGAGCGCUGCAAAGGCCGCAUCCAGAGGCAGCUGGAGAUCACUGGCAGGACCACAACCAGUGAGGAGUUGGAAGACAUGCUGGAAAGUGGAAACCCUGCCAUCUUUGCCUCUGGGAUCAUCAUGGACUCCAGCAUCUCGAAGCAGGCUCUGAGCGAGAUUGAGACCCGGCACAGUGAGAUCAUCAAGCUGGAGAACAGCAUCCGUGAGCUGCACGACAUGUUCAUGGACAUGGCCAUGCUGGUGGAGAGCCAGGGGGAGAUGAUUGACAGGAUCGAGUACAACGUGGAGCACGCGGUGGACUACGUGGAGCGGGCUGUGUCUGACACCAAGAAGGCCGUGAAGUACCAGAGCAAGGCGCGCAGGAAGAAAAUCAUGAUCAUCAUCUGCUGCGUGAUCCUGGGCAUUGUCAUCGCUUCCACCAUCGGAGGCAUCUUUGGAUAGAGCCCCGCUUGCCACUUCCGUCCCGACGGCCACCCUGCAGAGGCCCCUGGCUGCCGCUGCCUGGCUGGGUUGCCCUCCCCCUUUCUGGCUCGGACACCCUCACCCCCCUACCUGCCCUGCUUCUCUCCCCUCAGGGCCCCGUCUCCACCCUGCCCUGACCGUGUCGUGUGCAUGAUCUGUGACAGUGUCUGUAGAGGCGGUGCAUAGCAGGGCUGGGGACGGGUCCCUGCAGGAAAGUCUUGGGCCCUGGUCCGGGCUACCCCACCCUCUCACUUGGGGUCCACCUUUCCUGGGCUCCAGGCUCCUUCUGGACCCCAGCCAUGCCCCGACCUGCCCCAGCCUUCCAGCUGUUCCCCAGUGCCGAGCCCUGAAGGGUGGGGACCAGCUGGCCACAUGGUGCUGCUUUUCAGGUUGGGGAGGGGUGGCCCCGAGGGAUAACCCAGCACUAAGCCUCUAUUCGCUGACCACUGCCAGGAGGCUCGCUACCCUACCCGGAGCAUAGCCAGCGGGUCCUGCCUCAGCCUCCCUCCCGCAUCCUGAAGCCCCAGGAGGCAUCCUCUGGGCUGCGGUGCCUCUGCCUUCGGAGCUGGAGGCAGAGCAGCUGCCGUCCCCAAAGGCCUGGCAGGUUGGAAAGCCAGUGUUGCAUGUUCGGGACAGUGGUCCCCCUCUCCGGGAAGUCAGAUGUCUCAGGCCUGCAGUCUCAUCCUGCCCUGCUGUCCCCCAUUGAUGUGCCACGUGGUGUCAGGUGUCUCCGAUGCGAUGCAGUAUUCAGCGGCCAGCCUUCCGGGCGCCCUUGAACCGCACCCGCCCACGCCCCCUGUGGACAGGCGGGAGGUGCACGCAGGCGCAUGCGGCAGGGGGCGGGGCCGUGUGCGCGCCCCACCCUCCCUCGGCUUAGCUCCUGCCCAGUGACUGUGACCACUGUCCUUGCUGCCUUCUCCCCCGCCCCUCACCAAAGGUCUUGGUACAACCAGCUGCCCAUUUUGUGAAAUUUUUAUGUAGAAUAAACAUUUGUAUAUGUCUGA